CCGUCCGCCCUCCGCCGCUUCCCCUUGUGCCGCGCAGCGCGGCCCCGGCGCCUCCGUUUCUCUGGGACCGGGGGCCCCCCCGCCGGGGAAACGGAGGCGGCGAGUCCGGGGCAGGAGCCGGCGGGGAGGGGGCCCGUGGCCCUGCCCCUUCUACCUCCCCUCCCCCCCGCUCUCUCUCCCCCCGUCCCUCCUUGUGCUCCGGUUACUCCUCAGCACUUUCCGCUAUUACAGUCCGCGGAAGGGGAAUUCCCCUGUGACCCCCUCCCCCUCCGUCCCCGCCCCCCAACGCUGGGCCCCUCUCACCCUGGCCCCUUCCCUGUUUCUCCGAGACUCUCCCCUAGCACCGACUAAAUAAUAACCGUUUAAAAGGCAGCUGACCCAGCUGGAAAAGCACUUUUUUUUGUUUUUAAGAGUUAUUUAUUCAUCAGGCAAUCGCUUUAUAAAUCACGUUGGGAGAGAAAAAUCAGAGCAGAGGGAAAAACUGUGGGAGAAAGAAAAAAAACAAACAAACAAGAAGCGAACCCAGCAAGUGUUGAUCGACAUUCCAUCUCCAUAGUUCUUUUUCUGGCUGCAGACGGCACUGGACCACGGACCACCGAGCAGAACCACGCCCUUCGUAGGGAUGGUGGCAUGUUGUGCUGUUCCUGCGUGCAGGGUAUUCCUGGCUCUGCUUGUGCCGCUCAGCAUCCUUUGUGUAAAUCUUUCCAGGCCUUUCUAAAAUCAGCUGGUUCAUCAUUUUUUAAAAGAACAAUAAUCCAUAACCUUCAUGUACCGCAGCUUGUUUAGCCACUCCCCAAUUUUUCCGUUUUUUUGCUACCGCAGACCUCUUAGCACAUAUGGGUCCAUUUCCCUCCUUCAUGAUCUCCUGGGGACACGGACCCAGUAGUAGCACUGCCGGGUCAAAGAACAUGCACAGUGUGACAGCCCUUUGGGCAGAGUUCCGGAUCAGUCACAACUCCAACAGCAAUGCCCGAGUGUCCCAGUUUCCCCACAUCCCUUCCAACCUUUAUCAUUUUCUUGGAAAAGCGUUUUAGCUGAGCCAGAGAUUCUCUGGACCUGCCUUCUGGCCAUGUAGGACAUAGAACUGAUGACAGUCUUCUCUCAUCCUGACUUGCCACAUCUGGGCCAGUGCUUCAUUCACUUGCUGCCCGCGGGAUGGCCAGCAUCACCCAGCUGUUUAAUGAGCUGUGUGAGGCUCACCUCGGGCACGUGCGUUGGAAGGCCCACCGUGGCAGGCAGGGUGCCAGCGUGCGGAGGGCCAAGCAGGGCCUAAAAAGGGUGGUGUAUGAUGCCCUUUUUGUGGACCUCUUCCAGGAUGAGGGCCACAAGCCACCAUCAGCUGGGUCCCAGCUUCCUGUGAAGAACAAAAUCCUCAUGUUGUCCUUCAAUUUGCGGGUUGGGGGCCUGGGGCCUGAUGCCGACAGGCUGGAGGAACUAGUGGAGGGCUUGGAGGCGGCCCCUGCCCUUGGCCUGCCUCUGGCUGACAUCAGGGCUGUGCUGGACCUGUUGGUCCACCUGGCGGGGAGCGGCCCGCCGCUACUCCCUCCGAAGCGAGACUAUUUCCUGAAUAACAAGCACGUGGGCAGGAACGUCAAGCAUCAGGGCUAUGAUUACUACGAUGUAAGCAUGUUCGAGGCCGACGCGCGCUUCCUGAUCGCCAGCCAAGAGCAGCAGUGCCGCGACGUGAUUCAGAAGACGCUGCAAGUGAUGGAGGCCGCGCCGGGCACCGGCCUGCCCUCCAUUGGGCUGUUCGCCCAGAACUACCCCGGCGUGGACAGGUUUGAGAGAGAGACCCAUGGCUCGCUCUUCGGGGCCCUGGUGCACAGCCGCACCUACGACAUGGACAUCAAGCUGGACCUGCCGCCCGUCCCCGACAACGCUGACUUGUCCGGCAUUGCCAUCCAAGUUCCUCAGAGCAUCGAUCAGUCAGAAGAUGAAGGGUUCCAGUCAGCAUCAAAUCUGACUCCCGAUUCCCAGUCGGAGCCCAGCAUGACCCCAGACAUUGAUCUCUGGGAUGCUGCACUUAAUUACGAGCCCAACAAACGCAGGUGUUGGGAGAGAAUUGGCUGUCCGCCUGGGAAUAAAGAAGAGCCGUACCUCACGGAGGCUGGGAGGGAGGCUUUCGACAUGUUUUACCGCCUCCGGGAAGGGGAGCUGCAGCUUCUGCACAGCAGCCUGCUCCAGCUGCCGCCCCUGUUCCUGAUGAAGGAGAGGGAACUGGUCAAAGACGUCCUGAACGUCCUCAUCGGGGUUGUGUCGGCCACCUUUUCCCUCAGUCAGGCCAGUCAGGCGUUCGAGGUGAAGCAGGGCGUCUACGUGUCGGGAACGUCUCCGCAGAACAUGAGCAGCCUCCUGUCUGAGGUUGCCGAGUACGGCACACACUACACCCGCCUCAGCCGCUUCUCCUUGCAGCCUGUCCUGGAUUCUUCCUACAGCAAGGGCCUCGUGUUCCAGGCUUUUACAAGUGGCCUACGGAAGUACCUGCAGUAUUACCGAGCCUGUGUUCUCUCCACGCCACCCACCUUGAGCCUGCUGACCAUCAGCUUUCUCUUCAAGAAACUGGGGCGCCAGUUAAGGUAUUUGGCUGAGCUCUGUGGCGUGGGCGCUGCCGUUCCCGGGCUCAGCGAGGGUGGGACUAAGUCCUCCUUCCCGACUGGCGUGAAGCUGCUGUCCUACCUGUACCAGGAAGCCCUGGAUAACUGCAGCAAUGAACAUUAUCCCGUCCUGCUGUCGCUGCUGAAGGCCAGCUGCGAGCCCUACACCAGGUUUAUCCAUGACUGGGUGUACAGUGGCGUAUUCCGUGACGUCUAUGGGGAGUUCAUGAUCCAAGUAAAUGAGGAAUAUCUCAGCUGCCGAGAUAAGUUUUACUGGACGCACGGGUACGUGCUCAUUUCCAAGGAGGUGGAGGACUGCGUCCCUGUGUUCCUGAAGCACGUCGCCAACGACGUCUACGUCUGUGGCAAGACCAUCAACCUGCUGAAGCUGUGCUGCCCCCAGCAUUACAUCUGUUGGUCCGACAUCCCCGUUCCCCGGAUCUCGGUCAUCUUCUCCUUGGAGGAGCUGAAGGAGAUUGAGAAGGACUGUGCUGUGUAUGUGGGGCGCAUGGAGAGGCUGGCCCGCCACAGUGCUGUGAGCAAGGAGGAGAAGAAAUUGCGGAUGGAGAUUGCCAAGCAAGAAUUAAUUGUGCAUGCCCGGGACACGGCCUCCCGAGUGCUGAAGGCCUUGAAUGAUCGACACGUGUCUGAAAGGAUGGCCUUGGAUGCCAAGAAACGAGAGCAGUUCCAGAAACUGAAAGAGCAGUUUCUGAAGGAUCAGGAGCGUCGCCUGGCAGCCAAGCAGGAGGAGCUUGAUGAUGACUUCAGCUACGCCCGUGAGCUGCGCGAGAGAGAGAAGAGACUGAAAGCGCUGGAGGAGGAACUGGAGCGGAAGGCAAGGCAGGAUCUAAUUGACCACUACAGCAAGUUGUCUGAGGAGGCUGCUCGCCGCGAGCAGCGGGCUCUCUGGAAGAUCCGGAGGCACAAGCUGGAGACGGCCCGGCUGAACUUUUUCAAGGAAGACCAGAAACGCAUCCAGGAGAUGCUUCAAAAUGUCUCUGAAGGAAAAUACAGGGAGAAACUUGACAUCCUCCCCGGUGUCCGUCCUCCCGGUCACGUGGAUGCCUCUGCAGGAGAGCCUGGAGUCCAGGCUGGGCAGUGCUCAGAGAACAUUGGUGAGCGUGCGCAGGGGCUGCCGCCCUCAGUGGGCACCUGGACAGCAGAACAGAUGGACCCUGAGAAGGAGGGCCCAGAGAAGGCAGGCCCAGAGGACGUGGGCCCGGAGAAGGAUGGUCUGGAGAAGAUGGGCCCAGAUGGCCACACCCUGGAGCCCAAGCUGCCGGGCUCCGGCCUGGACAUGGAUGAUUUCCUGCCCAGGCCCCUCCCAGAGCAGCUGCCCGCUGCCUCGGGCUCCCCGGCCCUGCUGGAAGCAGCGCUGCAGACUAUCUCCGCAGACCUGCCCCCUGCAGCUCCCGGGGGGGCGGCGGACCAGGAGGGCGGCCCAGAGCAGCUCUAUGACUUCAACACCAUCCUCCGCUCCGCGGCCACGACCAAGGUCCAUACAGAUGGAGUGCCCCCGGCACCCGGGGACACGCGCCACCGACCCCGCUGGAACCUCCACGGUCACGCCUCAGACUCCAGCAUCCAACUGGGAGAGUCGGUCCCGGAGCCGCUGGCCCCCCAAACCACGAGGGCCAGGUGGAAUGUCCACGGCCACGUCUCCGCCUCCCACAUCAAGAUGGGCGAGUACACUGCUGAUGUGGAGGCGGCCCCACCCCGAGGGAGCGUCCACGGCCACGUGUCGGACAGCAGCAUCCCCCUGGGGGCCUACGUGUCAGAGGUGGUCUCGGCUCGACCCCGCUGGAACCUCCACGGCCACGCCUCUCAGUCCCACCUGAAGUUGGGUGACCUCACUCUGGAGGCCGAGGACCCCCGGCCACAGGGCAGCACCUUUGGCCACGUCUCAAAGUCCAGCCUUCAGCUGGGCCAGAGGGAGCUGCCCCCUUCUCCCAAGCCCCUUCCCAGACAGACGGUCCCCGCUGCUGCCACCUCCACCAUGCAGUGGUUCCUGUACAACAGGGAACUGGGCUGCCCGGUCCCAGACCAGCCACCGCAGGCGGGGGAAGCACCCCGGACCUCGGCUGCAGCUGCUGAAGCCGGAGAACCAGGACAGGAGCUCGUCCCACGGAUGGCAGGGGAAGCUGAGGAGAGGCUGGCCAUCGAGGCUGAGGAGAGGCCGGCCAUCAAGGCCGGGGAGAGGCCGGCUAUUGAUUCAGACGUAAUGAGCGAUGAGAGUGGGGAUGUCUCUCCAAACCAGCCUCCUGAACCACAGAAAGAAGCAGAAGCCCCAACCAUGGCCGCCAGCCCCGAGGAGGCGAAGGAUGGAGCCAAGGGCUGUGCCCGGGAGCAGGCCUACCUGAAAGCCUUGUCGGACCAGUACUGUCUCGAGAAGUACCAGGACAGCUACGGCCUGAUGUCGGAGCCUCCAGUGUCCCACCUGCUGCGCCACAUCAUUCCCAGACCCUUCUCCUUCCCCAUGGAUCCCCGAGGGCCCACGGCGACUGACGAGACGUCGGUUCAGCUGAGUGAGCUCUUGACCCUCCCUGUGCUCAUGAAGCACUCCAUCACGGCGCCGCUGGUUUCUCACGUGUCCCUGGUGAACAAGGCCGUGGUCGAUUACUUCUUUGUGGAGCUCAGCCUAGAAAAGCACUUUGAGGCCCUGAGGCACUUUCUGCUCAUGGAGGACGGCGAGUUUGCUCAAUCUCUCAGUGACCUGCUCUUUGAGAAGCUGGGCUCUGGGCAGACCCCCGGGGAGUUCCUGAACCCUCUGGUGCUCAACUCCUUCCUCACCAAAGCCCUGCAGUACAGCCUGCAUGGGGACACCAAGCUUGCUGCCAACCUUUCCUUUGCCCUCAAGUACCUGCCGGAGGUGUUCACCGCCAAUGCCCCCGACGCCCUGAGCUGUCUUGAGCUGAGGUACAAGGUUGACUGGCCCCUCAACAUCGUCAUCACAGAAAGCUGCCUGAACAAAUACAACAAGAUCUUCUCCUUCCUGCUGCAGCUGAAGCACAUGAUGUGGACCCUGAAAGACGUGUGCUUCCACCUGAAGCGCACAGGUAAGGGCCCUGGGGCCUGCCGCGGGCCUAGCAGCCGGGGAGGCAGACCCAGAAGUGGGUGGCCUGCUUUCUGGGACGCUAAGGUCUCUUCUGCUCUGUUGGCUCCCUCGUUCCCUCCAGCGUUGGUGAACCACGCGUCUGGUUCGGUCCAGUUCCGCCAGCUCCAGCUUUUUAAACACGAGAUGCAGCAUUUUGUGAAGGUGAUCCAGGGCUACAUCGCCAACCAGAUCCUGCAUGUCACGUGGCGCGAGUUUGGCAACAAGCUGUCCUCUGUGAGCAACCUGGAGGAGAUUCACCGCACUCACGCCGAGUACCUCAACAAAGCCAUCUUCAGGGGGCUGCUGACGGAGAAGGCUGCCCCUGUCAUGAACGUCAUCCAUAGCAUCUUUAGCCUCAUCCUCAAGUUCCGCACUCAGCUCAUCUCCCAGGCUUGGACCUAUGAUGGCGGCCAGCAGGUGGCCGUGCACCCCAACUUUGCCCUCAUGCAGCAGUCCUACAGCACCUUCAAGUACUACUCUCACUUUCUUUUCAAAGGUGAGGACCGGGGAUUGGGGGAGCCAUCUUCGGUGGCCUUUGUCACCCCGGGGUACAUACCCUGCCUCUUUUUCUUCCCUGCAGUGGUCACCAAGCUGGUGAACCGAGGCUACCAGCCCCAUCUUGAAGACUUCCUCCUGAGAAUUAACUUCAACAACUACUACAGAGACACAUGAGUCCCAGGCAAGAAGUGCUGUAUAAUAGAAUUCACUUUCUUACUUUUCUGUAAAUAGCCACUUAAUAAAGGCUCUGGCGCCCCUGUGGGGCUGUCCCGGGCAGCUCUCCACCCGCCAGGUCGGAGGGGCAGUCAGCUUGAGCCAUUUAUUGGAGGGGGGCUGUCGGGCGGACAGGACAAGCAGCAAGGGCGGCCCCCUUCCCCUCACUGAGGUUAGCCAUACUUUCCUAGUCGUGGGCCAAGUGUCUCUAAGGAACUGAAGGUAAAGAAGGCAGCAGCUGGGCUGCUCACGCUCUUCGGGGGCAGGAGGAGGGUCCCGUCCCCCUCUCCAGUCUUAAGUCCCCUCACAAGAGGGAGAUCUGCAUCCACCAGAAGUGAAUGUCAUUCCG